AUGGGGCGCACUCACGACUAUGACGAAGCGCUUGAUGGUCGCGAUAGCGCAGUGAGCAUCCUAUCUACCAACGACAAAGCCCCGGCCUCCGAGCCGAAUCUAGUGCAGACUGCUGUAGACUUCGACCCUACCGACUACGCGAACGAUGCCAGCUGGGACAAGUACAAGAAGAAAGGCAAUUGGCUACGUUGCCUCAUGGAAAUGCCGGAUGAAGUCGCGGGACGAAAUUGGCCUAACUAUCUGGACCGCAAUCCGCCAUCAGCGGCAAGCCAGUGGAAGGGAACACUCGAAGCCGAGCUAAGGGAUUGGUACUGGCACGAAGCCUACUAUGACCCAGAAAUCAACUGCGACUUUUCGGACGACUUCACAAACUUAGAGAUUAAUAACAGGAUCGAGGCUGCGCUGAAUAAACUUGGACUGAGUACCAAACCAGUGGAAUUUGGUGGCAAGAACAAGUGUUACUCUAUCGAGCACAUGGAUGAGAACGCGGUGGAUGAUGAUGGUGAUGAUCUCCCAGUAGACAUGCAGACUUACUUCCCUGACGACGACGACGACAAAGAGUAUGGCGCUACUGGGGCUUACUACCGUUUCGCUUUCAAUGCUGAACAAGGAGCAAUCUACGGCCACAACUUCCUCGCCCCCUGGCCCGCCGCCAUGGACACCUACGCCGAAGGCUUCCCAGUGGACCAACUCCCUCUCCUCCGCCAAGCCUCCGACAUCAUGGCCGCCUUCUGGCUGCGCAACCCCAAUCCCAAAAACCUAAAAUACUGGUUCGGUAGCAACAUCAUCAACACCGAAACUGUACCCGUCGUCAACCGGAUUCUCGUAGGCAAAGGCUAUAAAGAGGUACCGGAAUGGCCAGGCGUCCAAGUAGACGAGUCCAGUGAGGAGUAUCUUGCACUCCUAGGCACACCCGUCGGCGCAAACAAAGCGUUUAUGCUGGCCCAACACAAGGCGGAAUUGGGGUUAAAACAUAUUCCCAGUAUUACGAUUUUCCGGGAUACAAAGGAUCCCAAUCGCCCGGACGAUGCGCCGGCAUACCAGCUUUUGUUUCGCAUUGAAGAUGUUCCGCAGGAUGAGGUUAUGCCUGAUGAUACGGAGAUUGUGGAUCAGGAGAUGACGGGUUCUGCGUCCCGGAUGAGAAGGGGACAGAGGAAGGAUAGUUUGGUGGAGUUGGAUUUGGGGAAGAAUGUGGGCAGGUUGCAUAGGGUUAGUAUAGAUGGGCGGGGGGAGACGAUGUUGCAGAGCCAUGAGUUUGAGCGGGAGUUGUGA